AUGAAUCCCAGCAAGGCCCGUCAAGGGAAUCACUCCGACGAGGAGUUAUUCAUCCAUACUCCGGGACGAUCGCCGGUCGAGCCCCCCAUUGUUGGACCGUUGCGGAUUAACAAGAGAGACACACCAUCACCUGUACCACAGGGUGCUCCCCUUCCAUACCCUGAUGACCGACAAAACCCCCAGAAAAUGCGCAGCGCAAGUACCAGCCGUCCAACUCCGACGGCUGAUGGCGGACGCACAGGCGGCUCCCCCACGAAUCCAGAUAACAUGCCUUCCAUACCUGCUAACACCGGCCCAUCCAGGUCGGACUAUCCGGCGGCUUUACGGCCGCGAGAUGGUCGCGAACCUAAACCUGCUACUUUGGCAGAACGACGAGGCAAUGUCCCGAAGCCCCUGCCUGAGUCACCUGCGGGUGAUACUCCGGACAAAGAGGGCCUGUUUGUAACGAGAUAUCAGCGAACUCCUGCUCCGCCGGCGCUUGCCAACGGUACCCAACUUGAUGGGACUGUUCACCCGAACUACCGUCAGCAGUACUACCCUCCUCCUCAGGCCGCAACCUCGUCAGGUCCGUCAGCGAGGCCGCCGACAGCACAAAGCCUACAGACUCCUAGCAGUGCAAUCAAUCGCAUUAGUUCAACUGCAUCGACGUCGACAACUCGCGCCCAGCGGGGCUCCCCUCCACCUCCAGAAACCCCAAUUGUUGAGCCGGGCCAACCGCCAGCUUCGGAUAUCGAGGCACGCUAUGCGGCUUCUGGUAUCGCAGGUACUUCAGCUCUAGCAGGCUUGCAAGCCCAAAGCUCUGCAGCACACAGAAGAGCCGAGCAGUAUGUGGGUCAGCAAGCAACGAGCCAACCGCCCGUCCAGAGGCCAUGGACGCCGACGGAGCAGCCAGGGAGCCAACCUCAUGGGCCUCCCACAGUAUAUCAAGGCGCGGAAGUUGUAUCUACGGAGAACCUCCCUGGGAAUCCCUUCCCACCCCAAUCAGCAGCAAGUUCAGCGCAGGCAGGGCAAGCUUUGCAUCAUCCAAGGAUCCCAUCAAAUGCUCUGGAACAGGAUCUAGAAAGGAUGCGCAUAAGCUCUUCCCCUCCGCCGGCAUAUUCAAGUGUAUCUGGCCCGGCUACGUCGCAAGGUUACCCAAAUGAAAAGCAGCGCGCUCAGACAACUCCAGGGCAGCAGGCUGCAUCAGCGGUGCAUCCCGCGACGGUGGCGCCCAUCAAUGCAGCCACAAAUUCUGCGGCACUAGAAGUUUCGGCUCAGGAUCACCCGGCGUUUGCGAAUGACCCAAGGCAAGAACAGCCAUUAGAACAAUCCCUACAGAAUGGCACGCAGACCGGCGUCCUGGAUGGGCAGCAGCAGAUAGUUCAAGAGUCUCAAGCUGCAAUGUUACCUACCUCUACAGGAAUCCCACCUGCCUCCCCCCCUCCACUUCCCGAAGGAUGGAUUGCUCAUAUGGACCCCAACUCAGGCCAGUACUACUACAUUCACCUCCCUACUCAGUCGACUCAGUGGGAAUUCCCAAAGGGGCCCACACCGUUAAACCUCAACGAGACUCCUCUAUCACCGGUAGGGAGCAUAUAUAGCAGCCAUCCCCUCGCUUCACCGGGUUUAUCGGCCUUUGGUAAACCGUUGGCCUCCCCUGGGAUUCCUCUUACUCCAGGCUAUGAGAGUCUACAGUCGCCAGUUGUUGCAGGGUUUACUGGUCCCCCACCGAGUAGUGGGGUGGACUUAUACAAAGUUGCGCCAACGAAUGGUGUUUACUUUGGACCAUACCUUCGCUAUGUCAAUAUGAAUCUAGAGCGCGGUAUUUGGUUAGGUUCCAUUCUACUUGUUACCGACGCUGCGCAGCCUCCAACGAUCCAUAUCCAUCAGAGCGUCGACCUGUCACCGAACCCGCGUCAAUUGAAGGCAUCCGCUAUCGCCGUUCAUCAAAGGUGGACGUUCUACAAGUACGACGUUGACUUGCAAAUGAACGAAUCCGGUCCCGCCAAAUGGACCUACGCAAUCACGUCACAUCUGGGCUGCACGCGCUACGAGUUCUUGGUCGCUGGUCGACAUGAAACGAAUUGGCGUUUCGUCACAACUUCGGGGAAUGACUUUUCACUUAAUGUAAACGCUAAUGAGCGGUCUCGUCUUGGAGGCGUGAGUUUUAUGUGGAAGGACAUCAUGCAGAAGCACAAUGAAAUCGGGGGGUUCCAUGCUCAACUGUGUUUAGGCGGACAGAUCUAUGCGGAUAGAAUGUGGAAAGAGAUUCCUUCGCUUAAGCAGUGGCUUGUAAUUCGCGGCAAGGAGGCUCGAAGGACCAUGCCUUGGACUGCUGCACAUGAGGAAGACGUCUCUCAUGCAUACUUUCAUUACUAUACUAGCCACUUCGAUCAGCCUUACCUACGGGAGUCGUUCGCCCAGAUUCCUUAUGUUUGCCAAGUUGAUGAUCAUGACAUAUUUGACGGUUAUGGAUCGUACCCUGAACAUAUGCAGUUUUCGAAUAUGUUCAAAAACAUUGGACGCGUUGGGACUGAGAUGUAUCUGCUUUUCCAGCACCAUACGACGCUUGAAUUGCUUCACAAUGCCAGUACCGACGUGGACUUAUUCACUAUUACUGGCACCGGCUGGCAUUUUGUUAAGUUCCUUGGACCGGCCGUGGUUGUCGUUGGCCUUGAUUGCCGGUCGGAGCGCAACCCACACCAAGUUGUCGCUGGACCUACAUAUCAAGGUAUUUUCCCCAAAGUCGCAAUGCUGCCUCCUUCCGUACAGCACUGUUUGUGGAUGAUCUCCGUGCCUGUCAUUUACCCACGCUUGGAGACUGCAGAACAUAUUGCAAACACUGUUGCUUCGGGUAAAAGAGCUGUUACGGGUGCAUACAAUGUCCUUGGCAAAGUUACGAGCUCUGUGGCGGGUGUGGUUGGCGCAAAAGAAGUGGUAGGUUCUGGGUUUGAUUCCGUAAAGCGUGCUGUAGGCAAGUCUGGCCUUAUGGGAGGCAUAUUAAGCCCGUUCGGAGAGUUCGACUUGAUGGACGAGCUCCGAGAUCAGUGGACUCAUGAAUCCAAGGAUCUGGAGCGAACGUACCUCAUUCGCACUCUACAGGGUAUUGCACAUCAAAAGUUUCUUCGUAUGACGUUCCUUUCCGGAUCUGUCAAUGUGUGCGGCGCAGGCUUGGUCCACGAUCCAGCCCAUCCCUCUGACUACAAGACCAUGUAUCAAAUCAUUUCGUCCGCUGUCGUGAACAAUCCCCCGCCUUCAUAUGUUAUCAAGCUUCUUCACAGCAGUAACAAACCGCUCUACGUUCCAGCAAAUGGGCAGCGCUCCUCUCCUUCGCAGCCUACUGAUACGAAGGAGGACAUGAUGGAGAUAUUCCAAACAGACGUCACGGGGCAGGCUCGCGAACACCGUAAGCUGAUGGGUCGCCGGAAUUACGCUGCCAUUGUAGCCUAUGAUCCUGAAACGGUCAAUGCGAUGUAUGGCCAAGCACCCGUGGUCCAUGGAGGCAGGCUGAAUCUUGCCGUGGAUUUUAUGGUCCAGGGUGACGGAUCCUAUGGAACGGUUGUCAAAUAUGGGCCGGUCAUUAUCCCAAGCUUAGGACAUGGGAAAUGA